AUGCCUCCACGACUACAAUUGCUCCGCCGGCCGGGUGUCUCGAUUCCCUGCCAGCAGUCCUAUCAGCCGCUGGCGCCAUUCCUGUACCCGUUCAUCAACCAGCAGCGCGCAGCUUCCAUUCUCUCCUCCCUUUCCGACACCAAAGGCUCAUACAACAAGAAGAUUCGCCGUGGACGAGGACCGGCCAGUGGCAAGGGAAAGACAUCUGGACGCGGUAUCAAGGGUCAAAGGGCACAUGGAAAAGUGCCAGUUGGGUUCAAUGGCGGGCAGACGCCCGACUGGGUCGUCGCUGGCCMUCGAGGAUUCGACAACCACUUUUCUGUUGAUAUGAGCAAGGUCAAUCUGAAUCGCAUACAGUACUGGAUCAACCAGGGCCGCUUGGACCCAACACGGCCAAUAACCCUGCGAGAGCUGAACGAAUCGCGCUGUCUGCAUGGCGUGAAAGAUGGCGUGAAAUUACUCGCACGAGGGAAGGAAGAGCUUACCACACCAAUCAACAUCGUGGUUUCGCGCGCAAGUGCAGAAGCCAUCAGUGCGGUGGAGAAGCUGGGUGGAACAGUCCUUACGCGCUACUACACCAAMUUUGCCAUCAAGAAGAUCAUGAAGGGCGAUAUGGAUCCUAUCAACAGCCUCCAGUCACGUCCGGCUACACCACCCGCACAAGCAGAGGGGGUAGAGAAAUCCGCAGAUACAUCGACGCAAGCUCAGAAGUAUCGUUUCAGGUUGCCUGAUCCAACCAGCAGAAAGGACCUGGAGUACUACCGUGAUUCGGCCCACCGAGGGUAUUURAGCCACUUGGUCGCAGACGGCCAUGGUCCCAGCUUGUUCUUCAAGACGCCCGGCGCCGGGAAGAAGGAUAUGAAGAAGAUGCCGGGCAAGGCAGCAAAGACACAGCAACGGGCCGAUAACCGGAUAUGGUAG